CUGGAUGCGUGGGGAGGGCCAGAGCGCAUGCGCUAUGGGCGGACUGCGAGUGGGGGUGGAGGCGGGCUGGGUGGAAAGCACGUGGCAGGUGGGCAGAGCACACGUGAGGGGGCGGGGCUGCCUGCGGAAGGGGCCGUGCGCGUGGGGUCGCUCCGCAGCUGCGAGUUCAUGGCGUCCCGGUGCUCCGAGCCCGACCCGGAGGUCUCCGGAGUCCCCACUGUCAGGGGAUGCAAGUGAGGAAUUGGGCUGGGGGCCAGGGGUGUGGGGGCCCAAGCCCUGUACCCAGGGGUGCUUCUGCAAGUUGCCGGGCUCCACUCUUCUUGGCUCUCCUGGGGCAGAACCCUGGACCCUGGGGGAGGGGAAGGGGUGCAGAGAGGGCCGGGUCGUGUCCCUACGUGACCCAGGUCUUGGCCUCCACCCGCAUCCCAAAGACCCCCAUUCUGGCAUCUGGGACUCCUGGUGGUCUUUUCUGGGGUUCUCAGGACCUGGUGUUCCUGGCUUUCUCGGCAGCGGCUCCUCCCUGUCUGGUGCCCUCUCCUGCUGCGAGGACUCGGCCCAGGGCUCGGGCCAGCCCAAGGCCCCUACGGUGGCCGAGGGUCCCAGCUCCUGCCUUCGGCGGAACGUGAUCAGCGAGAGGGAGCGCAGGAAGCGGAUCUCGUUGAGCUGUGAGCGUCUGCGGGCCCUGCUGCCCCAGUUUGAUGGCCGGCGAGAGGACAUGGCCUCAGUCCUGGAGAUGUCUGUGCAGUUUCUGCGGCUUGCCAGCGCCCUGGGGCCCGGCCAGGAGCAGCAUGCUAUGCUUGCUUCUUCCAAGGAAAUGUGGCACUCGUUGCAGGAGGACGUCUUACAGUUGACGCUGUCGAGUCAGAUUCCAGCAGGCGUGCCAGACUCUGGGACGGGAGCGUCUGGCGGGACUCGAACUCCAGAUGUGAAGGCGUUUCUGGAAAGUCCUUGGUCCCGGGAUCCGGCAUCGGCCAGCCCAGAGCCCCUGCCCCACGUCCUUGCGUCCUCCAGGCAUUGGGACCCUCCGAGCUGCACGUCCCUGGGCACAGACAAGUGUGAGGUGCUGUCGGGGCUGUGCCAGGUGCGGGGUGGGCCACCUCCUUUCUCAGAACCUUCCAGCCUGGUGCCGUGGCCCCCAGGCCCGAGUCUUCCUAAGGCUGUGAGGCCACCCCUGUCCUGGCCUCCGUUCUCGCAGCAGCAGACCUUGCCUAUGAUGAGUGGGGAGGCCCCUGGCUGGCUGGGCCAGGCUGGGCCCCUGGCCAUGGGGGCUGUACCUCUGGGGGAGCCAGCUGAGGAGGCCCCCAUGCCCGUGCAGGAGGCCAGGUCUGUGUUGGGGUCUGAUAUGGAGGAUGGGACGUCCUUCCUUCUGACUGCCGGUCCCAGCUGGUGGCCAGGGUCCCUGGAGGGCCGAGGAGGCAGUGGCCCUGCAUGGGCUCCAGCUGAGAGCAGUCCACUGGAUCAGGGAGAGCCAAGCUUCCUAGGGGACCCUGAGCCUGGCCCCCAGGAGCUCCAGGACAGCCCUCUGGAGCCGUGGAGCCUGGAUGUGGACUGUGCAGGCCUGGCCCUGAAAGACGAGGUGGAAAGCAUCUUCCCUGACUUCUUCGCCUGCUAGCAGCCGGGCUGUGGAGAGGAGGCAGGCAGGGCCGGUGGAUCUGGAGCCGCGUGUGUCCCCGUCGCAUGCUUGGGCAUUUUAUUUUGGGUUUGGGUUGCAGCUGCACCCUAAUUUGAGCGAGGCUUACAGGCUGUGACAAGAGGAUACUGAAUAUUAAAGAGAGAAAGCAGUUUUCCUGGAGGAAGCAAAACCCGUGUGGCUUCUGUGUAAUUAGUCCGAUUCAUCGGGCAGAUUGCGCCACCUCCAUUCAGCGUGCAGGCAGCUGCCGCGGAUUUUGUUCUGCAAAGUUCGCAGCACUGUGAAAUCCCAGAAUAACCCAGUGCUGGUGCCCUGGG